GGUUGUAUAGGGCUAUAUAGGAGCGUAUAGUACUGUAUAGCGGUGUAUAGUACUGUAUGAGGAUGUAUAGUGCUGGUUAGGGGUGUAUUGGUCGGAUAAUAUACUUUGUGCUGAUACAUGAAGUUGACCCUCACUAGAUGUUAUUUAGAUUUCUCCGUGAGGCCGCACAGAUAAUAACAAAGUCCCAGGCUUCCCUCCUCCUGCUCCGCACCAUUUUGUCACAAGCGUGCAAAUGGCAGAAAGCCGAGAAGAAGAACACGAGGAGAUGGAUGCUCCAGAAGUUAUCGACAGGUUGGAGGAUCUCGCCCUGUCUGGAAGAGAAGGAUAUGUUCCCAAUAGAUACACCGUACCUUUGCGUCAGGGCAUUGAUAUCAAUGACUUGGUACAAGGAGACGGUACCAUGUUUGAGACGGAUCUUGAUAGCAUGGCCGCUUUUGAAGAUGAAGAAGGAUCACAAUAUUUUGAUUCUGAGGAUGUCUUCCAGCAGCUAAAUUAUGAGUGUAAUGACUUUGGAGAUGACUCUGGAUCAGAUAGAGAUGACGAUGUGACACCUUUCAGGCGGCUGGCUCGUAGGAUGGAGGAUUUAACAGGAGACAGAGGAGUUCUCAAGCAAAUAGUUCGACAAGGAACAGGACCUGUUGUACCUCAAGGAGCUACUGUUAGAUAUCACUAUAAUGGCUAUCUUGAAUUUAAUGAUGAGCCAUUUGACUCUUCAAGAUUACGAGGCAGGCCAGAUGUGGGAAAACUGGAGGAGUUGCUUCCAGGGUGGUAUAUUGGUGUGAGCACAAUGAGAAGAGGAGAAAAAUCCAAAUUUCUUCUCUCUCCAGAGUACGCUUUUAAAGAUUUGGGUUCACCUCCACGAGUACCUCCAUCAGCUACUGUGCUUUUUGAAGUGGAGUUACUGAGCUAUAUUGACCACAAAGCUGCUGAUGACUAUGAUGCAUUUACAGAAGAAGAAAGAAAACAGGCAACGUUUGAACAACUUUUAAAAGUGGCCAAUGCAGAGAGGGAGGCUGGAAAUGAUUUUUACAAGCGCAAACAAGUCUCUCGUGCAGUGAGCAAAUAUAUAAAGGCUAUUAAGAUACUGGAAAACAGCAACCUUCAGAAUGCUGACCAGGAGAGAUGGAUGAAUGAAGUUUUGCUGAAGCUUUAUUUGAAUGCUGCUCAUUGUUAUUUAGAAUUAGUCGAAGUAAAGAAAGUACUCACUUAUGCAAGAAAGGCUUUAGCAAUUGACCCAAAGAAUACCAAGGCUCUUUACAGAAUGGGCAAGGCUUACAUGAAGCAGGGUGAAUUUGACAGCGCCAGAGACAAAUUCAAAAAAGCACAGUAUUAUGAACCCAGUAACAAGCCAGUAAAAGAUGCACUGGUUGAGCUUGACAAGAAAGUGAGUCAGUUUAAAGCACUUGAAAAGCAGACAUAUGCAAGGAUGUUUUCUGCUACCAAAAAAGGAGACAAGAACGAUAAAACGGUGCCUACAUCUGUGGACCUCGCCGAGGAAAAGAGGGAAGUACUUGUCAAGCGGCUAAGGGAAUUUAAAGAGGACAAGAGUGCCAAAGAAAUAUGCUUUCCCGCAACCUUAACACAGCAAGAGAAAGCAUGUAUUAAACAAACAGCACAGGAAAUGGGACUGAAAGUGGAAGGCAGAGAGGGGACGAAUAAAGAACUGAGGGCCAUUAAGGAGUUCAAUGAUGAAGAUGCUCCAUCUCGCUAAAGUAGUGUUUCAGUGUGAGCGGCACGUCUCACCCUUGAGUUACUGUUAUUGAAUUGAAACUGAUCAGUAAUUAGUUUUGUGAUACAUUUAUUAAACAUUUAAUCGCAUCUUUUACAUUGUAAAACGUGAAGAAUAAAUUAAAAGUUGAUUGUAAUAUAUAUAUCACCGAACCAAAGGUAAUAAAAUUCUAUAAAUUUCUUGGAUAGUUCUCAGUACUUCAAGUCAAUUGUUUGUUUUACAGCCUUAUUAGUUGCUUUAGUAGAUCUCUCUACAAAGUAAAUCAUUGCACAAUGCAACCCCAGUACAACGAACAGAGUGCUCUCUUGUCCAAAAACAGUAAACUAGCGCGCAAACACUGGACACCAGGCCUCGCCGCCUGAAGGAUGGCAUUUACUCGAUUCGGUGACUUAAACAGUGUUUAGCAUUUCAUGGGGUUGCACUGCACUGCAUGAACCUGGGUGUAACAUAGACUUCUUAAAGUUUUAAAAAGUAUCUUUCACGUCAGAAA